UGCUCUGAACUCGAAUCAUCUUCCAGCACGAUUUCGGUCGAAUCAGAAGCUGGAUUUGUAGCAUCAUUUUCUCCAUCAAAUUUUGAGCAUAAACCCUACAAUAUUACUUCAUAAUUCGUAUCUUAAUCUUCAAUCCGUUUGAACAAUCAUUUCUGAAGAUAUGCUUCGCGAUGGAGGCGAAACCCCCUCAAGGCAUGAAUUGCUGAGCAUGGUAAAGAAGCACUCUAAUUUGAUAGGCAAAACGGUAGUGGAGGAGCAAGAUGCUUCCGAUGUCGAAAUGGACAUGAAAUUCUGGCAUGACGUUUUUGAUCUGUACUUUGUCCGUGGCAAAGAAUCAAGGGGACGCCAAGAUGAUGAUCUCGUUUUCUUUGUCAGGAAAUUGGCUUCCCGUGGUUCUGGUUCCAACAACAAUGCGGACAAUCUUGAUCCUUAUUUUGUACGCAGGUGGGCACCCGAGUUGAAAAACUUAGUUGAUGAAACUUCACUAAAUGUGGACUGGAGGCGUUCUUUUUACUUGAAUUUGAUUGCUCAUACAUCAUUCAGUGUAACUGUUGCAAUUUGCAGUUACCAGGUCCUUCAGAAUCAUCAAUCUGGGCAGGAUACACCAUUAUCCCCCGUAUACAAGGUUGUAAAGACUGUUUAUGCAUCUCCAAGUCGAGUAAAUUUUCAAUUGGACUCCAAAAAGGAAGUGGAGACAACACCUGCUUAUCCAGAUAUAUGUUUUGCAAUUGAUGAUUUUGACUCCACCUUUGAUACUGUGGUAUUGACUGAAAAAGAUCAUUGCUAUUGUGUAGUUCUUAACGCACAUGACGGGGCUGCAUUUCCUAGUGAAAAGGGGUCAAACGAUUGCAGUACUAGUGACAACUCUUCUCCGAAAGUUGAUAGUAGUUCAGCUAAGAAGAAGGAUACUAAGCUUACCCUGUUCUCAGGAUUUGUCAGCUAUCAGAUGGUUCGAGAUGCUUAUGAUGCUGGCAAGUCUCGAUUUGGGAGCCUUCUAUCAGUAGGCCAUUAUACAGGAAAAACAGAUAGGAUUUACAUGAAAGGUCCCGGAGGUAGAGGGGAAGUUGAAGUAGCUGUUUCUGGUGUUACAGAUCAAAGUCAGCAGGACUCUGGUCCAUCUUCUCCAGUUAUAUCAAAGAAUGGGUUGGGUCUUGGUGUAAUUUUUCGCAGAGCCGCAUCAGUUGCAACAGUAGCAGCAAGGCAUGCUUAUGCAGCUGCCUCUUCCUCUGGUCCUGACUUCGAUGAAAUGAUACCUUUGAAAUGCAGCUUAAUGUCCAUAUCAUUGCCCUGGGAAUAUAUAGCGUAUGAUCUUCUGUUCAAGGGAGCUCCUCCAGUGAACAUGUGAACAUGCAACGUAUCUUUGGUUUCAACGAAAACUGAACAGGAGCAGGCGAUGAUAUCUCCAAGAGCACCAUUUCUGAGGCCUGAGCAAUGAAAUUCUAUUCUCUUCUGACAGUUGUGUCUGGUGUGUGCAUGUGCAUGUAAAGAAUUGUGCAUAUUUGGUGUUCAAGUAUCCCGGGUUAAUCUGUUGGGAAGAAUUUCAAGUGUAUCAGGUACACCAAUGAUUCAAUAAUUUUAAUCGUUGAUCUCAAUUAUAAAAAAUAUAUAUAAUAUAUAUUAAUUAAAAUCAACGGUUAAGAUUAUUAGAACAUCAGUGUUUCGGAUACAUUUGAAAACUUUCCAAUCUGUUGAAUGGUGGUUAGAAUUAUAAAUAUUGAUAAAUGGUUUAGUUGGUGUAUGUGCUGGAUUAUUGUAAUCGUCACAUCACCAAUCACCAGGUUCGAGGUAAGGUAAUUUGAGCUGCUUUUUUCCGCCCUUUUGAAAAGUGCGUUAAAAUAAAGUGAAAGAAAUUAAUCUAGUUCAGGGGUAAAAGAAAUUAAACUGCAGGCAGCCAGAACUGGAAAUUGGGACCUUUUAUCUUCUGAAAAGGAUUCAAUUACUUUUUGUUUUGCCAGUCUUCGUAACUAGUUGGGAACGAUUAACUUGUUCAUUCUGUAAGAAGGCAUGUAAGCAAAAUGUGUUCAUUUUCA